ACCCGGAAGUCACACCGCUGCAGGGACUGUGUCCUCCUCCCACUUUGCCCGGGAAGCUCCCUACUGACCAGAGUCCUAGGGCCCACCCGGUCCUCCUUCCUGGGCCCCCCUUCCUAGGUGCCCCUUCCUGAGCCUCACUGGCCCAUGGGGCUCCAAAGCGGCGGCAGGGGCCCGGCCCCGGGGCGGGCAGCCCGAGUGGGGCCGCGGAGCUCCGGAGGCCUGUGUGGCGCUGUCGCUGUGUUCACUGCUGUGGCCGCCGUGUACACCCACACGCUGCCCCCCUCGGUGCCGGGGGGAGACUCGGGGGAACUGAUCACAGCCGCACAUGAGCUUGGAGUUGCCCAUCCUCCUGGCUAUCCUUUGUUCACCUUGGUGGCUAAACUGGCAAUUACACUGUUUCCUUUUGGUUCUGUUGCCUACCGAGUCAAUCUUCUGUGUGGCUUAUUGGGAGCAGUAGCUGCCUCAUUCCUUUUUUUCACCGUUUUCAGGCUUUCUGGCUCAUAUGCUGGAGGAAUCCUUGCUGCGGGGGUGUUUUCAUUCUCUCGUCUAACAUGGCAGUGGUCCAUUGCAGCAGAGGUUUUUAGCUUAAACAAUCUGUUUGUGGGGCUGCUUAUGGCUCUUACUGUACACUUUGAGGAGGCAGCAACUGCACAAGAGAGAUCAAAGAUAGCUAAAAUCGGUGCUUUCUGCUGUGGCCUUAGCUUAUGUAAUCAGCACACAAUAGUACUCUAUGUUUUGUGCAUAAUACCAUGGAUUCUCUUUCGACUUUUAAAAGAGAAGUGUGCUCUGAUGCAGGAACUGUCCCUGGGGUCUUUGGUGACGUUGAGUCUGUACUUCUCUGCGGGUUUGCUGCCCUAUGUCUACCUCCCCGUCUCGUCCUACCUCAACCAAGCCCGCUGGACCUGGGGAGACCAGACGACGUUGCUGGGAUUUUUGACUCAUUUUCUCAGAGAAGAAUAUGGAACAUUCAACCUGGCUAAAUCCGAAAUAGGAUCCAGUAUGUCUAAAAUUUUAAUCUCUCAAGCAACAAAUAUGAGGACUGAACUCUCAUUCAACAUUCAAGCCCUUGCAGUUUGGGCUAAUAUAUGCUUAGUAAGAAAGGACAGACAGAAUGCAUCAUUAGUAUGGCUUUUUACUGGAAUGUUUUGCAUUUACUCAUUGUUCUUUGCUUGGAGGGCAAAUUUAGAUAUUUCAAAACCACUUUUCAUGGGUGUGGUGGAGCGGUUCUGGAUGCAGAGCAAUGCAGUGGUGGCCGUCCUCGCUGGCAUCGGGCUGGCUGCACUUGUGUCUGAGAGUAACCGAGUGCUGAACACCAAGGGUCUUCAGUGUCUGGAAUGGCUUUCAGCAGCUCUUUUUGUAAUUUACCAAAUAUAUUCUAAUUACAGCAUUUGUGACCAAAAGACCAACUAUGUGAUUGAUAAAUUUGCAAAGAACCUUCUAGCCUCUAUGCCUCCUGAUGCAAUUAUCUUACUCAGAGGAGAUUUGCCAGGAAAUUCUCUCCGUUACAUGCAUUAUUGUGAGGGACUGAGGCCAGACAUUUCACUAGUGGAUCAGGAAAUGAUGACUUAUGAGUGGUAUUUACCCAAGAUGGCAAAGCAUUUACCCGGUGUCAACUUUCCUGGGAACCGGUGGAAUCCUAUGGAAGGAAUAUUACCUAGUGGAAUGGUCACAUUUAAUCUUUAUCAUUUUCUUGAAACAAAUAAACAGAAAGAAACAUUUGCUUGCAUAGGAAUUCAUGAAGGUGACCCAACCUGGAAAAAGAGCUAUUCACUUUGGCCGUGGGGUUCUUGUGACAAAUUAGUUUCUUCAGAGAUUGUAUUCAACCCUGAGGAAUGGAUUAAACUUACAAGAAAUAUCUAUAACUGGACUGAAGAAUAUGGACGGUUUGAUCCAUCGUCUUGGGAAUCUGUGGCCAAUGAGGAGAUGUGGCAAGCAAGGAUGAAAACACCAUUCUUCAUCUUUAACCUGGCGGAGACUGUGAACAUGCCUGCAAAUGUGAAAGCUCAGCUCUACACUCACGCAUAUGACCUUUAUAAGGAGAUUGUCUAUUUACAAAAGGAACACCCAGCGAACUGGCACAAGAACUACGCCAUCGCCUGCGAGCGGAUGCUGCACCUGCGGGACCGAGGCGCGGACCCCGAGCGCUUGCUGUCGGAGACCAUCAGACACCUACGUCUGUACACGCAGAAGGUGCCGAGCGACCCGCAGCUGGCUGAUAUUUCAGUCGCUCUGAAGCACCUCAGAAAAGAACUGCAAAGUCUGAGAAAUAUGAAAAAUGUCUGAGACAGCAAAACGUGGAGAACCUGUUUGUCAUCCUGCUUCUAAAAUUUCGAGGUCCAAAACUUCUUCCUCCAAGAAAAGAAACUGGAUUAAAAAAUUGAAGACUAAGUCACUUCCCAGAUAGAAGUAACACAGUGUAGCAGUAGCUUUCUGGGGUGGGGGUUUAGUGACUGAGUUGUGCUAUUUAUGCAAAAUCUGUUUAUCCCGUGUCCCCAAAUUAGCAUUUCAGUGAGAAUCUUUUGAACAUUCCUCCUAUUUUCACAGUCUUUCACCUAAUAAUUUUGUUUGAUUAGAUUUUAAAAGAGAAUGGAUUCUAUUCAUAUACUUACAAUAUCCACUGUAAAUCUUCUAAGGGCCCUGCCUAUUGGGAUCAGUUUUGUAGAUUAAAUUCUUCAAACAUUAAUAUCAAACCAAAGACAUUUUCUGUUUCCUAAAAGUGAACUUUUUAAAAAAGAGUGAAUCUUGUUAUACUGCAAGUUAGAAUCUCUCUCUCUUUUUUUUUUUAAAGCUGUGAUUGUUACAUAAUCUCAUGCUUCAAGCUAACACCAACCGGGUGAUAUUUUGAAGAAAAUUGUGUUUUUAUUGUCUUAGGUAAUUCUCUGGAAGCACUGAAAAUAAAGCUAAUUCGUUGUUGCGUUUUUCAGUUGCAUAAACUGAUUGGCAAGUAAAAGGAUUUUGUCGUUCCUUAAUUAAUUUUAUAUUUGUGUUUUCCUUCUAUUUGGGCUCAUAAAUCUGGGCCCAAUAAUUAGUAGGCUCCUGCUGCCAAAAUGCAAAAAAGGGGGGGAACAGGGAUUUGAGGGGGGAAAUGGGGAGGUGGUUCAAUAAAUUCAUUUCUGUUACAAGCAUCUUUUAUACAUAUUACUAAAGAGAACAUAGUAAGAAAUGCAAAUAAUAGUUCUUUAUUUUAUUAUGACAGUUAAUUAAUAGCAACCUGUUUUAAUGAAUAAAGUCACUCAGAGUCCUUCAGCACUUCCUAAGUAGAGGCCCGAAUCUGUAGGGAUUCUUUCCCCCCCGAUUGUAUAGCUCCUAGACUCCGAGCACUAUAUAGGCCCCUGUAUAGAAAUGCUCACUAAUGAAGAGGGAGGGCUAGAAGCUUGUCUGCAUUCAAAGAUCACUGGUGAGUCAUUCAGCAAGAAAAGGCCCCUUACCAGGAAUAGUCACAGUUCCGUGGCAUUGUACUAGCAAAAGGGUCUGAUCAAAGGUCUCCUGUGGAGCUUGCAUGGUUCCCUUUCAUACUACGACCAUAAUUAAAACCACUAAUUCUCUUUUAAAAUGCUGCAGGAUGCCAUGUAGGCAUCUGUCUGGAGUGUCCUUUGUGAUGUCAUAAGCUGUUAAGGACCAGGGCCGAGGGCUUUUGAGUGAAAUGCCAGUCAUGAAGGUGCUUCAAGACAAGGGUGCCUCUAAAAGCUUGACAGGGCCUUGACUGCACAAUUCGAGCUGCAUUUGCCCCUUGUCAGCUGCCAGUAAAUAAAUCUCAAAGGGGGAAAAGCUGAAGUUUCAUUACCUGAUCCAUGGGGCUUUGUUGGUUUUGGCACCACACAGGGGAAGCUCUUGCCCCUCCAUUCUCUGGAUUUGAAGAUGUCCAUUGGAGCCUGCAGUGCCUGGACAGGGUUCAGAGCGGAACCUUUUGAAGAGUGUCAAUAGUUGUAACAGUUCAGCUGUUAGGAAGACAAAUAAAUGGAGGAGCUCAUUAAUCCGCUUUUGGCUCUCAGUGCCUUUUGCCCUUUUAUCACAGCCUUAUUAGGCUCCUACUCAUCUUGAACCAGAAAAAAAUGAAUUGAAGUUGUUGAGUACUAAUUGGCAAAGACUUUUAAUCACGGGCCAAGAACUUUCACUGACUUGAAAGUAACUUCUCCACAGGGAGGAACUGAAAACCUGGUUUACCUUAAAACAAAAACCUGUCGGAGUCCAGUGUGGCGUAAAAACUUAAGGAAGCAUUGAAAAAUUGUUGAAGUUGAUCCAUCUGAAAGAAAUUAUGUAAGAUUGUGAUUUCCGUUUUUCUUUUUUAAAAAGUAGAAUAAAAACCAUGGAAACGUUCCCUAGAAAUGCACUGUCUUUACUGGUCAGAGAAGAGAUCGCAUCCCUGAGAGGAUCGUGUUUGUUUCUGAACACCUGCACGCACAUGGUGGUGCCCUUCACCUGAGCAUCUGCGCAUGCACGUGGGGUUGGGGGGACCUUAUUAAAAGUAGCUCUUCCUACUUA